GGUGUAUGUACUGGAGACACAAGAAGUUUGUAUUUUAAUUUGUUUUAUAACCAAUAUUAUAUUCUAAGGAAUGAAAAGUUAAAGUUUCUGUAAAAUAGAUAUCAAUAUGAGUUGCACGUUUGAUUCUUUGCGAACAGAAUUUAAGGAUGUACUACAAAAAUCGUUCAAAACUAAAAAUGUUGAAAUGGUGGAGCAAAAAUUGAAAUCUAUGAACAAAACUGAAAGUGAUUUAAAAUCUCCUCUGGAUCAAACUCUUAGAGAUAUAUUGCUUAAUCUUAUGGAUGAACAAAGCGAUGUGUCAGUUUUAAGGGAUUAUGUAGAUUUUUCAAUAGUACUUUGUAGAAAGGGAUUGAGUUCACCGACAAUGCCAGUUGUUCUUCUAGGUGACAUAUUUGAAACUCUGACAUUAGAUAUUUGUGAGAAUAUGUUUAGUUUUGUAGAGCAAAACGUUAGUGUUUGGAAAGAGGAACUAUUUUUCUCCGGCUGCAAGAACAAUCUUCUGCGUCUAUGUAAUGAUCUUUUAAGGCGGCUUUCAAGAACCACAGCAACUGUAUUCUGUGGGAAGAUUCUGUUAUUCCUUGCCAAGUUCUUUCCAUUUUCUGAAAGAUCAGGAUUAAAUAUAGUCAGCGAAUUCAAUUUGGAAAAUGUGACAGAAUAUGGAACUGAUCCACCUGAUGAUGAAAUUGCUGAAAUUAAAAUUGGAGAACAGAAGAAUCUAAUAGAUUUUACUUUUUAUUGCAAGUUUUGGCAACUCCAAGAUUUCUUUAGGAACCCUAUUCAGUGUUACAAUAAGGUGCAAUGGAAACUUUUUAGUUCCCAUGCCACCAAUGUAUUAAGUACAUUCCAAGGGAUAAAAUUAGACUACGUAAAUUCUGGCACCUCUGCUGAAACCAGCUCAAAUUUGGGAUAUUUUGCCAAAUACCUUACCAGUCAAAAACUACUUGAGCUACAGUUACAUGACGUAAACUUCCGAAGAUCUGUAUUUUUGCAGUUCUUGAUUCUAUUUCAGUAUUUCACUUCCACUGUUAGGUUCAAAACUGAUGCUCAUGAGCUUAAAAAUGAUCAAAAAGAAUGGAUUAGCACAAAUACUGAAAAAGUUUAUAGUCUGUUAAGAGAAACGCCGCCAGAUGGGGAAGAGUUUGCUGAAAUCGUGAAGAACAUUUUGAACAGGGAAGAGUUAUGGAAUGCAUGGAAAAAUGAGAGUUGUCCAGAAAUAAAGAAAACACUACCCCAACCAACAGAAGUUUCGGAAAGAAAAAGGGAUUCAGAUAAACCCUUAAUUGGAGACAUUAUUAAAGAAGCAAACGAGCAAGGAAAAUUUUAUAUCGGAAGCGGUGAAUUGACCAAAUUAUGGAACCACUGUCCAAAUAACUUAGAAGCUUGCAAAGGCCGAAAUUUCUUACCAACUUUAGAGGAAUACUUCUCAGAUUCUAUCCAGCAAAUUGAGGCGCACCAAAAAGGCGAUGAUAGCAUAUUAAAAGACAGCAAUUUUGGUUGGAGAGCUUUAAGACUGUUAGCUAGAAGAAGUCCUCACUUCUUCACUUUUGGUACUACAAUUAUGUAUCCCUUAUCGAAUUAUUUGGAGAUGAUGGUAAAGAAAGUAGCUCAUGAAAAACCCGGAAAGGAAUCUCAUCAGGAACAUGAGAACGAUAACGAACAGGAUAAUAUUUUGGCUGAAGCCGAUCCAGCUACCGAUGAUCUUAAACCAGCUGAUCACGAGGAAUUUGUGGACGAGAACGUUCGAUCUGAUACAAAGCAAAUUACAUCAGACCAAAUCAUGUUAAUUAGUGAGAAAAUUGCUCCAGAUUGGCCCAAAUUAGGAGUUAAAUUGGGAUUCAAACCUGACGAAAUAGAAUUUUUCAAGAACGAGAAUCCCACUCCAGUUGAUCAGGCAAGAAACUUAUUAAAGUUAUGGUUUGAGGAUGAUGAAGAUGCCACAUUAGAAAACCUCUUGUAUAUUUUGGAAGGCUUGGAAAUGCACGAAGCGGCUGAAGCAAUUAAAUCCGAACUUAAUAAUAUUAUGGAUACAUCAUGAGGAUAUAUUUUGUGUGUUAGCUUAAGAUUUAAUAAAUCCA